GUGAACACCGGCAUCAUGGUCGCCGGCGAGCUCGUGCAGGAACUCGUGCGCGCGGACACCGGCGUACUCGACGACGUCGCGGGGGGCAGGAAGUCCCCGCAGCCGGUGGGAGCGACGGAUCCGACGUACGGAGCGGCGCCGACGGGCGGCGCCCGAGAGGCGGAGGACCGGCGGGAGAAGGAGCUGCCCCCGGAUGAGAGGGAGGCGAUGCUGCCCGGCGGCGGGGCAGCGGAGCCGGAGACCGGGCUGUCCCGGCGCCGCUUCGCCGUGCUGGCGGUGUUCAGCCUGUACUCGCUGGUCAACGCCUUCCAGUGGAUCCAGUACGGCAUCAUCGCCAACGUGUUCGCGCGGUUCUACGGCGUCGCCACCGACAAGGUGGACUGGCUCUCCAUCGUCUACAUGGCGGCCUACGUGCCGCUCAUCUUCCCGGCCACCUGGCUGCUGGACCGGAGGGGUCUGCGGCUCACGGCGCUGCUGGGCGCCGGACUCAACUGCGCGGGCGCGUGGCUGAAGUGCGCCAGCGCGGACCCCGCGCGGUUCGGGGUGACCGUGGGCGCGCAGGUGAUCUGCUCCGUGGCGCAGGUGUUCAUCCUCGGCCUGCCCUCGCGCAUCGCCUCCGUGUGGUUCGGGCCCCGCGAGGUCUCCACCGCGUGCGCCACGGCCGUGCUGGGCAACCAGUUAGGAACAGCCAUUGGCUUCCUGUUGCCCCCGGUGUUGGUUCCCAACACGCCCGACGACAUCGAACUCAUGAGCCACAACAUCAGCGUCAUGUUCUACGGCACAGCCGCGGUCUCCACCGCCCUCUUCGUCCUCACCGUCAUCGUGAUCAAGGACCGCCCCCUCCGCCCGCCCAGCCACGCCCAGGCCGUCCUCCCCACCUCCCCCGCCGAGGAUUACUCCUACAAGCGGUCCAUCGUCAACCUGAUGAAGAACAAGGCGUUCGUGCUGCUGCUCGUCAGCUACGGCAUCAUGACGGGUUCCUUCUACUCCGUCUCAACCCUCCUCAACCAGAUGAUCAUGGACUGCUACGAGGAACAGGAGCUGAACGCGGGGAGGAUCGGUCUCACUCUGGUCGUGGCCGGAAUGGUCGGCUCCAUCCUGUGCGGCGUGUGGCUGGACCAAACCAAGAUGUACAAGAUGACGACUCUGAUCGUGUACAUUCUGUCCUUUCUGGGCAUGCUGGUCUUCACCUUCACGCUGCACCUCAGCAUCCUCCUGGUCUUCUUCACGGCUGGAGCUCUGGGGUUCUUCAUGACGGGGUACCUGCCUCUGGGCUUUGAGUUCGGGGUGGAGAUCACCUACCCGGAGUCGGAAGGGACGUCCUCGGGCCUCCUCAAUGCCUUCGCUCAGAUCUUUGGGAUCAUUUUCACUCUGAUUCAGGGAAAACUGACAACAAACCACAAUCCGAUGGCUGGAAACAUCUUCCUCUGCGCCUGGAUCUUCCUGGGAAUACUGCUCACAGCCUUCAUUAAGUCAGAACUGAAAAGAAACAAUGUCAACAUGGAGGUGCACGGCAACCACUUGAAAGCACUUUCUGCGCGGUGUCCCGAGGACGUCCCCCCGGAGAAGAAGACCAACGGCGUCAAACUGGAACCCUCCAUCAGCUUCUCCCGGGAAACCUCGCUGUGACGCCGAGGACGUGUCUCAUUUAUAUUUGUUAGCCACACACACACACACACACACACCUCCCCCACAUAGUGGAUUCAAGGCGGGCACAAAGCUCCCCCCAAACACUUGAAAAGAAUAAAAAAGGUACGCAGAAGAAGCUGCUCCACUUUGCACACGGCCGCCUGCAGGGCCGCUGCAGUUCAGAGGAAAUACUCCAGGGGGCGCGUUCUCUCCUGUUUGGUGUCCCCAGAAGGAAGCUGCCGCUGACCCUGCAGGCUCCUCUGGACUACUGGAAUUGGACCGAGCGCAGGAAGGUGCUGCAGACGCUGGUCAUGUGAUCUGAGCCUUCGACACAAACUGUGUUUAUCUGUUUUAAUCUCGUGAUAACGGCCGAUUAUCAUGGACUGUAUGACAAGUUCUCGACACCUGCGAGAAGCCUCUGAGGUUUGUGGCUUUGGUUUUGGACAGUGUUCAUAUUUAUAUCUUCAUCUGCAGGAUGACAUGAAUAGAAAGGAAGUGAAAUGUUUGGAUGAGCUGUAUUUGUCUUUCAGAUGUGGCUUUUAUUCACCUUCGCGUGGGACGAGGAAGGCGAGCCGAGCUCAUCUGAAGCGGCUUGUUACACGAUUAUUACAAUACAGAAUCAGUAGUAAAAGGGUCACGUGCACAUUCAGAAAGGUCAGCGCCACCUAGUGGGAUUUCUGCAGUAGCAACAAAGAGAAGCACAAAAGAGCUCAGCAAUAGACGCGUAGUUUAGAUUAGUUUUUUCAAUUUUGUGGAAUAAAAGUGCAGCUUUAUAGUUUAUAAAUAGAUGCAACAUGUGUUAUUAGUCCAGUUUAAGUGGUUUAUCUGACACACACAAACAAUCACAUGUUUUCAGGCUCAACGUCAAACGUAACCGACUAACUUGAUUGUUUGUUGGUAAAUGAUAAAUAUUUUCUAUCAUUAAUGCCUUUUAAAAGCGCAAAAGACGACGUACAAGCGACCAGACGUUUGUAUUUUGAGCUCCAUAAUGUGGCUUUUGUUUAAUAGUGAUAAAGCAGCAUUUCCCCUUUGUGACGGGACAUUGGAUUCUGUUACCGACAUUUCAAGAUGAAUCAUCCGAGGAACUGAUUUAAACUGUAUUGUUAAGUUAUCUGAGGACUUGAAUCCUGUGUUUCCAGAGAAGCACUUUGUUUAUUUGAUCACUACGUACUCCUAACUUUGCAUGAGUCAAGCUAAAUCUUCUGUUUAUUUAUUUGCUUUUAUUUUUUCACGCCUUAUAGAACCGUUUCAUGUUUGUAUGACGCAUUUUUCUAGUAAACAUCUUACAUUUCUUUGUCUUUA